AUGGCGCACCGUCGAGUGGCCGUGCUCUACCAAGCGUUGGAACCACCGGUGAUAAAUGGAGUAAGAAAGCCAAAGAAGCCAGGUGGUUAUCAAGAUUCGGGCGCCGACAUUGCCUAUGUCUUGAAAAACGACUGUCAGAUACCUGUGAUCUCACCGGUGUCCUCUCCAAACCCAGCUAAGGAUAGCGACUGGUGCUUUCCAGAUACCGAAGAUGGCAUCCUGAACGCCGUCAAGGCAGGAGCGACGCAUCUAUGGGCUAACACCAUUCUUUUCGCAGCACAUCCACUUCAAACUUCAAAAGGUCUUACCGAACACGCUGAGUUAGUGUCGGUUGUUGGGCAGCCUCCACAGCUAGUAGAAGCCUACGAUGACAAAGCCCUUGUGUAUGAGAUCAUGAAAUCUCAUGGUGAAUUUACGGUAGCAAAAUCCACAACAUUCACGGCUUCUGACGACGUUCCAAAUGUCAUCAAGAGCCGGGAUCUCCAGUACCCGCUUGUGGUCAAGCCUGUACGCGGUCGCGGUAGUCACGGCGUAAAGCUUUGUAAAGACGAGGAAGCGCUCCAGGCACACGCACGUUUCCUCUUCGACGAAUCACCAAAGAUUAUCGUCGAAGAAUACCUUAAUGGGGAGGAGGCAACUGUGACCGUCAUGCCACCAUCUGUUUCCAAGCCAGAAGGCUAUUGGGCCUUGCCAAUCGUUACCCGCUUCAAUCACAGCGAUGGUAUCGCACCAUACAACGGAUCCAUCGCUGUUACGGCGAAUUCAAGAGUUGUCGAGACGGCGAAAUACUCGCAAGACCCAACUUACGAUCGAGCUGCCAGGGAAUGCGAGGAGGUUGCGGCUCUUCUCAAGGCUACUGCACCGAUCCGCAUUGAUAUCAGACGCUUUAAGGAAGGCUCUGAGUUUGCGCUUUUUGACGUCAAUAUGAAACCCAACAUGACAGGUCCGGGGAGACCUGGCAGGGAAGAUCAGGCCAGUUUGACAGCGAUAGCGGCGGAAGCUCUUGGUUGGAACUAUGGGCGUUUACUUACUGAGGUCCUUACAUCAGCUCAGCCUUUGGCGCUUGUCAGGAAGACAAAUAUAUGA